AUGUUAGAUAUUCAUGAGAGGGAAGACGCGUGGAUGGUGGGCCAGAGGGUGGAGGCCGAGGAGCGUCGGAGAUUCCUGAGAUACCUUUUCAGUAGCGAUGAUGAUGACGACGACGACGACGAUGACAACGACGCGAGGGCGAGGACGCCUCCGCGGGUGGAGGUGAACCCACAGUUCGAAGUACCGUGGGACAACGGCGCGAGGUGGACCGAACGAGAAUUUAAAGAGCAUUUGCGAUUAUCAAGACGUACAGUAUUACAUUUAAUUGAUGAAUUUGAACAGUCCGAAUAUAUUCCAAAACACACAUUUGGAAUAAGGCCAAUUUCAGCAAAAGUGAGCUUCCUUCUUUUCUUGUGGUUUAUGUCAAACACUGAGCCUUUGCGUACAAUAUCUGACAGAUUCGAUAUUUCCAUCUCUUCUGUAUUUCGAGUUACACGUCGAGUGGAAAAUUGGCUACUAAUAAAAUUAGAUGAUAAAAUUAGGUGGCCGCAGGAAAAUUAUAUUGCUGUAUGUGAAGGUUUUCGAGUUAAAAGAGGUAUUAACAAUAUAAUUGGGGCAAUCGAUGGAACAGCAAUAAGAAUACAAAAACUAUUCAAAAAGAAGACAAAGGAUUAUUGUAACAGGAAAAAAUAUUUCUCUAUUACUUUGCAAGGGGUCGUUGAUGCAAAUAUGAGAUUCACAAACAUUUACUGCGGUGAGCCUGGUUCUUUACAUGAUGCCCGUGUUUUAAGAAGAUCGCCUUUAUAUCAAACAGCAGAGCAAAAUAAAGAAAUACUUUUUCCGGGCAAUACAUUUAUAAUUGGCGAUUCAGCGUAUGCCUCAUUAUUGUGGCUUGUUCCUCCGUUUAAAGAUAAUGGUCACUUAACUCUACAGCAAACAGAGUUUAACUUUUUGCAUUCUUCGACACGUAUGCCAAUUGAACGUGCAUUUGGUUACUUGAAAGGACGUUUUCGCCGGAUAAAAUUUUUCAAUGAAUACCGACAAAUGCCUUUUAUCACAAAUACAGUUGUUUGUGCAUGCAUCCUACAUAAUUAUUGCAUUGAUGAAAAUGAUGCGUAUGAUUUUCCACAAUACAAUGAUAAUGAUGCAAUAAAUGUUAAUAAUAAUGAACAGAAUGAAAAUAUUAACUGGGGAAUACAAAUAGAUCGUAGAAUGCAACUUUUUCGAGAGUUGUUUCCCAAUUGAUAAUGAAAUGUUCAGAACGAAAAUUAUGUAUCGUCGAAUAAAUAGAAUUGUGAAAUAAACAAAAAUACUCUGAAAA